CGCAGUGGCGGCGGCGCGCGCGUGCUCGGGCGGUGCGGCGGCAGCGGGCCAUGGCAGUGGGCGGCCGGCGGGUGUAGUGCGGAGCGGAGCGGAGCGAAGCGGGCGGGAGGUGCUCGGGAAGGCGGGCAUGGGGGCCCCGAGACUGACCGGCUGCGGCAGGUCGGGCUGCUGAGCGCGCCCCGGUGCGGCGACGGCGGCGACAGCUCGCGGCGCAGUGUAUCUUCUAAUCUGAAAGUCUUCCAUGAAAAUUUCCCAGUUUAAAAACAAGAAAUGCCAUCUAUUUUCCUCCAAGACUGAAAUAUGGGGGUUGUCAUUUUGAGGGUACAUCUGACAAACUCUGAACUUGUUUGGCAGAGUCUGUGCUGUGCCAGUAGCCAGGAAGGCUGACAUGUUCAGGGGCCCUGUGGUUAUGAAUGUGCUUCAACCUCAUGAUGCCUCCUGCUAUGGCAGACAGCCUUGACAUCUGGGCAGUGGACUCGCAUAUAGCCCCUGAUGGCUCCAUACCUGUGGACUUCCUUCUUCCCACUGGGAUUUACAUCCAGCUGGAGGUACCCCGGGAAGCUACCAUCUCCUAUAUUAAACAGAUGUUAUGGAAGCAAGUUCACAACUACCCAAUGUUCAACCUCCUCAUGGAAAUUGACUCAUAUAUGUUUGCAUGUGUGAAUCAAACCGCAGUAUAUGAGGAGCUUGAGGAUGAAACAAGAAGACUCUGUGAUGUCAGGCCUUUUCUUCCAGUUCUCAAAUUAGUGACAAGAAGUUGUGACCCAGGGGAAAAAUUAGACUCAAAAAUUGGAGUCCUGAUAGGAAAAGGUCUGCAUGAAUUUGAUGCAUUGAAGGAUCCUGAAGUGAAUGAAUUCCGAAUAAAAAUGCGCAAAUUCAGCGAGGAAAAGAUUCAGUCACUUGUGGGGUUGUCUUGGAUAGACUGGCUAAAACAAACAUAUCCACCAGAGCAUGAAACAUCCAUCCUUGAAAACCUAGAAGAUAAGCUUUAUGGAGGAAAGCUCAUUGUAGCUGUUCACUUUGAAAAUCGUCAGGAUGUAUUUAGCUUCCAAGUAUCUCCUAAUAUGAAUCCAAUUAAAAUAAAUGAAUUGGCAAUCCAAAAAUUUUUAACUAUUCAUGGAAAAGAAGAUGAAGUUCGUCCUUAUGAUUAUGUGCUACAAAUUAGUGGACGAGUAGAAUAUGUAUUUGGUGAUCACCCAUUAAUUCAGUUCCAGUAUAUCCGGAACUGUGUAAUGAACAGGACAUUGCCUCAUUUUAUACUUGUGGAAUGCUGCAAAAUCAAGAAGAUGUAUGAACAGGAAAUGAUCGCUAUAGAAGCUGCCAUAAAUCGAAAUUCAUCUAACAUUCCUCUUCCUUUACCACCAAAGAAAACACGAGUAAUUUCUCAUAUUUGGGAAAAUAGCAACCCUUUCCAAAUUGUUUUGGUUAAGGGAAAUAAACUCAACACUGAAGAAACUGUAAAAGUUCAUGUCAGGGCUGGCCUUUUUCAUGGUACCGAACUCCUAUGUAAAACCAUCGUCAGCUCAGAAAUAUCAGGGAAAAAUGAUCACCUUUGGAACGAACCACUGGAAUUUGACAUUAAUACUUGUGACCUGCCAAGAAUGGCUCGAUUAUGCUUUGCAGUUUAUGCUGUUUUGGAUAAAGUAAAAACGAAGAAAUCGACUAAAACUAUUAAUCCCUCAAAAUAUCAGACCAUCAGGAAAGCUGGGAAAGUGCAUUAUCCUGUGGCAUGGGUAAACACAAUGGUUUUUGACUUUAAAGGACAGUUGCGAUCUGGAGAUAUAAUAUUACACAGCUGGUCUUCAUUUCCUGAUGAACUUGAAGAAAUGUUGAAUCCAAUGGGAACUGUUCAAACAAACCCAUAUACUGAAAAUGCCACAGCUUUACAUAUUAAAUUCCCAGACAAUAAGAAACAACCUUAUUAUUAUCCUCCCUUUGAUAAGAUCAUUGAAAAGGCAGCUGAUAUUGCAAGCAGUGAUAGUGCUAACGUAUCUAGUCGAGGUGGGAAAAAAUUUCUUGCUGUAUUGAAAGAAAUCUUGGAUAGGGAUCCCUUGUCUCAGCUGUGUGAGAAUGAAAUGGAUCUUAUUUGGACCUUGCGACAAGAUUGUAGAGAGAAUUUCCCCCAGUCAUUGCCAAAAUUACUGCUGUCCAUAAAGUGGAAUAAACUUGAGGAUGUUGCUCAGCUACAGGCACUACUGCAGAUUUGGCCUAAACUGCCCCCCCGAGAGGCUCUGGAGCUUCUAGAUUUCAACUAUCCAGACCAGUACGUUCGAGAGUAUGCUGUGGGCUGCCUGCGACAGAUGAGUGAUGAAGAACUCUCUCAGUAUCUUUUACAACUGGUGCAAGUUUUAAAAUACGAGCCUUUUCUUGACUGUGCCCUCUCUAGAUUCCUAUUAGAAAGAGCCCUUGCUAAUAGGAGGAUUGGGCAGUUUAUGUUUUGGCACCUUAGGUCAGAAGUGCACAUUCCGGCAGUCUCAGUACAGUUUGGCGUCAUCUUGGAGGCCUACUGUCGAGGAAGUGUCGGGCAUAUGAAAGUGCUUUCCAAGCAGGUUGAAGCACUCAAUAAGCUAAAGACCUUAAAUAGCUUGAUCAAAUUGAAUGCUAUGAAGUUAAACAGAGCCAAAGGAAAAGAGGCAAUGCACACUUGUUUAAAACAGAACGCUUACCGGGAAGCCCUCUCUGACCUUCAGUCACCUCUAAACCCCUGUGUCAUCCUUUCUGAGCUCUAUGUUGAAAAGUGUAAAUACAUGGAUUCUAAAAUGAAGCCUCUGUGGUUGGUGUAUAACAACAAAGUGUUUGGCGAGGACUCCGUUGGAGUUAUUUUUAAGAAUGGUGAUGAUUUACGGCAGGAUAUGUUGGCUCUUCAGAUGCUGCGCUUAAUGGAUUUGCUCUGGAAAGAAGCUGGUCUGGAUCUUCGGAUGCUGCCCUAUGGCUGUCUAGCAACGGGAGACCGCUCUGGCCUCAUUGAAGUGGUGAGCACCUCUGAAACAAUCGCUGACAUUCAGCUGAACAGUAGCAAUGUGGCCGCUGCUGCUGCCUUCAACAAAGAUGCUCUUCUCAACUGGCUGAAAGAAUACAAUUCUGGGGAUGACCUGGACCGAGCCAUUGAAGAGUUUACUCUGUCCUGUGCUGGCUACUGUGUAGCUUCUUAUGUCCUUGGGAUUGGUGAUAGACAUAGUGACAACAUCAUGGUAAAAAAAAAUGGCCAGCUCUUCCACAUUGAUUUCGGACAUAUUCUUGGAAAUUUCAAAUCCAAGUUUGGCAUUAAGAGGGAGCGCGUGCCUUUCAUCCUUACGUAUGAUUUUAUUCAUGUGAUUCAACAAGGAAAAACAGGAAACACAGAGAAGUUUGGCCGCUUCCGCCAGUGCUGUGAGGAUGCAUAUCUGAUUCUGCGGAGACACGGGAAUCUCUUCAUCACCCUCUUUGCUCUGAUGCUGACCGCGGGCCUGCCUGAGCUCACGUCCGUCAAGGACAUACAGUAUCUUAAGGACUCUCUUGCCUUAGGAAAGAGUGAAGAAGAAGCCCUCAAACAGUUUAAGCAGAAGUUUGACGAGGCCCUCAGGGAAAGCUGGACUACGAAAGUGAACUGGAUGGCGCACACGGUCCGGAGAGACUACAGGUCGUAGCGCUGACUUGGCCUGGAUGUGUGUUGGCGUCAUUUCGUUUUCCAUUUGCACUUGCACUAAAUUGAACACGACCCUGCCGGAGAUGUUAUAAAGGGAAUGAAAUCCUGGAGCUCAGAGUCCCGAGAAGAACGAGGCGCCCGCAGCAGGUCGGAACCAGCCCUGGUGAUGGCCACCUCCGCUUCUUAAAUGCUUCUGAGAUUCAUCAUGGAAACUCUCAACAUUCUGGAUAAUCAUUUCCUGCUGACUUUGCACGCCAAGGAAUGCUACUGGAGAUUGACUUCAUCUUUUCUUUUUUUCUUAAGUAUUUGGUACUUUUCAUGAAUGGUGUAAAUACUUCUUUUUAGUAUUGUGACCAGUUGACAUUCAGCCAGCUUAGCCACACCUGGGGACUAGUGGCUGUUCUUACUUUCUAAAUGAAGCUUAAAAGAAAGAUGUCUCUCUUCCCUUUUUAAAUUGUGUAAACUAAAAUUAUAAUAUAAUUUGAAAUUAUGAUUAUUUUUCCAAUGAAAUCUUUUAAACCUGUGGAAAUAUUAUUUUCUUUAUAUUUAUCUACUGCAAUAGCACCGUUCCAACCAGACUUGAUAAACAUUGAUCAGCUGAUGAAGAAAAUAGAAUGUCUAUGCUGCAUAUAUAUAUAUAUAUAUAUAUAUAUAUUUAUCAUAUUUCUAGUGGGAAUUCUAUGUAAAGAGAUGUUUCUUUGGUUUUCUUCAGCCUGUGUUUUAAAGUUUUACAGAAGCCAGAGCCUUUUCCUUAGGUAAUGUUUCAGUUAACUUUGUGAUCCAGUUCUUCCAGCUGCUUCUGUAACGAGGCACAUAUCAAUACUGUUUUUACAUAAAAGCUUCUAUGAAAGAGCGCACUUCAUAGAGCAUAAUACUUGAGCAAAGGUGGCCACGUCACAAGGCAGAUGAAAAGGAAUCUACUUCUGGAUUAAACUCCAGACCUAAAUUGCAGUAUUUUAAUAAAAAUGCCAGCUGUUCUUACUGUAUUUAUUAAAAGCUAAAAAAAAAAAUGUGACUUUUUCAAGGGUAUUAGUUCAAAUUUAAAUGGUUUUCUGUGCCACAUGGAAUUCAACUUAUUUGUUGAGGUACCAUAUAUUUAGGGUGCUAGGUGGCGAGUAGUGUUAAUAUGUGCAAUAGGAACUACUGGUUUGAAUGUGUUGGUGGAUGCUCUUUCUGAAUACUGGCAAAACCCAGCAAAACUACUGCUUAUUCUCCAAAGACUAUUGGGAGCUCUCAGUCCUCAGUGACUGAGAAAGUGAACUAUAAGUACUGCCCUGUGACUGAGUUUUCUAUAGGAAUUUUAUUACAGAUUGUUUAAUCUUGUUGUCUUCCAUAACAUUCUCAGUCAAAUAAAUGGGUGAGCUAGUUUCAGUGGUUCUUGGGCUGUGUGGACCUCUUCUUUGUGGGCAGUGCAGACCUUCAGGUCUGGGCACAUGGGCUCUGGGAAAUGGCUCCAUCAGCAGACAAAGCAGCUUUAGUGGAAGCUGAGGCUCAUAGUGUCAUCUCUGACUUCUCUCCCGUCCCAGCGCCAUCAAAUGGUGUGGGUGGCCUGGGCCAAGGAGGCGCCCUGGCUGUGUUUCCAUUAACUUUGGGAGGUAUACCAAAUGCCUGGGGAGAUUCUAAUUUUUCAGUGCCCAGUUCAAGACUGGACCACAUGUAGUCUUAUUUGAAACUUUGCUCCACGAACAGAGCAGGCCACAGCUUCUUAGAAAUAGCUCAUCCGAGAAUGGGGUUUAAACUUCCUGGUUCCUGAGAUGCUAUGGACUUUGGGAGUUCAGGAGAGUGGCUGUGGAAGGACUGGCUUCUUUAGGAGUCUCUGUCUGGUGGUAGAGCACCAGCUUUAGAGGGUGGUAAACACCAAAUGCCACUGUUUCCUGAAAGGUCUGUGGCCCAUAGGGAAAGUGGGGGGGGGGGGAGUUCUUGGUAUAUAGACACCAAACGUGUGAAUGUCUCUGGGAGCAAGACCGGGCACAUCACUUCUCCAGGCAGUGCUGGACAGGAGCCCAGGAUAACUCCACUCCCUCCUCCCUUCAGCUGUAGGUACCCCAGUGGUAGCCUGUCUACAUAGUAGCUGUUGGGCCACACUGAGCAGGUGCUCCCCACAUACUUGCUAAGUUGCAUGUCUGGGUGCUCAGGGGUGUGGCUGAGCCAGAGGGGGGAGGGCCCCACACUCCAGGACUGGUGAAGCGUCUGGCCUGCAGGGCUGUGUCUCAUCUAGGGGCUGGUUACCUACCCAGUGCCUGGUGAUUACAGCUCAAUGAAUACUGCUCCCCCCCCCCACCCCCCCUGUUUUGGUCACUGCCCAAGUUUCCCCAGAGCAGGGUUUUGGAAACCCUCUUCCUUAACCUAUUGGUAGGGAGCACACGGGUUUGGAAAAUGAAAAAAAAAGAGACUUCACUAAGCUAAUGAUUCCUAAGUGUUUGCCUCAUGGCUGAAGGCAGCCUGUGGGCUCCAGAACUGAGUUUGCAAUCCAGACUGGCUUCUAUGAUCGUAAAGGAAGGAAGGUAUUUUAUUUUUUGCCUCAGGGUCUGAGCUUUCUGGUUUGUGAAAUGGAACUGAUCAUAAAUUUUCUUUCUUUUGAGUUUGUUUUCAAUGAGGUAAAACUGGUUUACAAUAAACUUCCUUUACAUCCACAGUAA